ACCAACAAUUGAGGUGAGAUAUGAGAAUCUCAACAUUGAUGCCCAUGCAUAUAGUGCAAAGAGAUCUCUUCCUACUUUUAUCAACUUCAACGCCAACAUAAUAGAGGGGUUUUUGAAUUUCCUUCACAUACUUCCUAGCCAAAAGAAGCCCUUUACCAUUUUGAAAGAUGUUAGUGGGGUCAUCAAGCCAAGUAGGAUGACUCUACUUUUAGGCCCUCCAAGCUCUGGGAAAACAACCCUUUUGCUUGCUUUGGCUGGAAAGCUUGAUCAAUCACUACAAGUGUCGGGCAAGGUGACUUAUAACGGACACGGGAUGGACGAGUUCAUCCCACAGAAAACAGCAGCAUACAUAAGCCAACAUGAUCUGCAUAUUGGAGAAAUGACCGUUAGAGAAACCUUAGCUUUUUCCGCCAGAUGCCAAGGAGUUGGCUCACGCUACGAGAUGCUGGCUGAAUUAUCAAGAAGAGAGAAAGCAGCCAACAUUAAACCAGAUCCUGAUAUUGAUAUCUACAUGAAGGCAACAGCAACGGAAGGAGACGCAGCAAAUGUCAUCACUGAUUACGUACUCAAAGUCCUCGGACUCGACAUCUGCGCCGACACACUGGUCGGCGACGAAAUGGUCCGAGGAAUCUCCGGAGGGCAGAAAAAGCGCGUGACGACCGGAGAAAUGCUCGUGGGGCCCGCGCGGGCUCUUUUCAUGGACGAGAUCUCGACCGGCCUCGACAGCUCGACCACCUUCCAAAUCGUGAACAUGCUCCGGCAGCAAGUCCACAUCAUGAAGGGCACCGCCUUCAUCUCCCUCCUCCAGCCGGCUCCCGAAACCUACGCCCUCUUCGACGACAUCGUCCUCCUGUCCGACGGCCAGGUCGUCUACCAAGGCCCCCGCGACGAAGUCCUCGGAUUCUUCGAAUCCAUGGGCUUCAAAUGCCCCGAGAGAAAAGGGGUCGCCGAUUUCUUACAAGAGGUCACCUCCAAAAAGGACCAGCAACAAUACUGGGCCCGCCGCGACCAGCCUUACCGCUACAUUCCGGUUAAGGAGUUCGCGGCGGCGUUCAAGUCCUCUGCCAGCGGCCAGAGAGUCUCCCAGGAGCUCGCUGUCCCGUUCGACAGAAGCAAGAGCCAUCCCGCCGCCUUGACUACGGAGAAGUACGGCUUGGGGAGUAAGGAGAUGUUGAAGGCAUGCACUGAUAGAGAGUAUUUGUUGAUGAAGAGGAACUCCUUUGUUUACUUCUUCAAGUUGUUCCAAAUAACCAUCAUUUCACUUGUUGCCUUGGCGGUUUUCUUCCGGACUGAGAUGAGUAAAGAUGAUGUGGCAGAUGGUGGCGUCUACACCGGCGCGCUCUUUUUCACCGUUAUAAUGGUUAUGUUUAACGGGAUGUCGGAGCUGGCGAUGACGAUUUACAAGCUCCCUGUUUUUUACAAGCAGAGGGACAUGUUUUUCUUCCCGCCGUGGGCCUAUGCUAUUCCAUCGUGGGUGUUGAAGAUUCCGAUCACCUUUGUUGAAGUCGGUAUAUGGGUUUUUCUGACCUACUAUGUCAUCGGAUUUGAUCCGAAUGUGUCAAGGUUUCUCAAGCAGUAUUUGUUGUUGUUGGUUGUGCAUCAAGCGGCAUCCGCGCUGUUCAGAUUCAUUGGAGCUGCAGGGAGGAACAUGAUUGUUGCAAACACGUUUGGUUUGUUUGCGUUGCUUUUGCUCUUUGCAUUGGGUGGAUUUGUGUUGUCGCGAGAGGAUGUGAAGUCAUGGUGGAUAUGGGGAUACUAUGCCUCACCCUUGAUGUACUUCCAGAAUGCUAUUAUGGUCAAUGAGUUCACAGGACACAGCUGGAGUAGAAUGGUAAACGGUACAAAAUUAGGAGUUAUUCUCAUGGAAAGCCGGGGAUUCUACCCGCAAACGUAUUGGUAUUGGAUCGGAGUAGGGGCUUCCGUUGGAUUCAUAUGGCUAUUCAACAUUCUUUACCUUGCUUCACUUACUUAUCUCAAUGCAUUCGACAAGCCUCAAGCUGUCUUACCCGAACCAGAAGAUGAAGGUGUCGCCGUUGGCUCCUCAUCCAUAGGAGGAGACGUUGUUGCGACUGGAAACAGCAACAGAGGAAUGGUGCUCCCAUUUGAGCCACAUUCCAUCACAUUUGAUGAUAUUAGAUACUCAGUUGACAUGCCACCUGAAAUGAAAGCCCAAGGAGCCACUGAAGAUAGAUUGGAAUUGUUGAAGGGUGUAAGUGGAGCUUUUAGGCCUGGUGUUCUCACAGCUUUGAUGGGAGUUAGUGGAGCCGGUAAAACCACACUUAUGGACGUGUUGGCUGGAAGGAAAACGGGUGGCUACAUUGAUGGGGAGAUCACAAUCUCCGGGUAUCCAAAGAACCAAGCAACAUUCGCUCGGAUUUCUGGAUACUGUGAGCAGAACGACAUCCACUCUCCGAAUGUCACUGUGUACGAGUCCCUUGUCUACUCAGCGUGGUUACGUCUGCCCAAAGAAGUGGAGUCUGAGACUAGAAAGAUGUUCAUUGAGGAGGUGAUGGAACUUGUAGAGCUAACCAGUUUGAGAGGGGCAUUAGUAGGAUUGCCAGGGGUCAACGGCCUCUCAACCGAGCAACGAAAGAGGCUAACAAUUGCAGUUGAGCUUGUGGCGAACCCUUCAAUCAUAUUCAUGGAUGAGCCGACUUCAGGGCUUGACGCAAGAGCUGCUGCAAUUGUGAUGAGAACUGUUAGGAACACUGUCAACACCGGAAGAACUGUGGUCUGCACGAUCCAUCAGCCUAGCAUCGACAUCUUUGAAGCAUUCGAUGAGCUAUUCCUGAUGAAACGAGGAGGAGAAGAAAUCUACGUGGGACCUCUAGGACGCCAAUCAACCCAUCUAAUCAAAUACUUCGAAUCAGUUGAAGGAGUAUCGAAGAUCAAAGAUGGCUACAACCCGGCUACAUGGAUGCUCGAAGCCACCACAUCAGCACAAGAGCUAUUGCUGGGAGUAGACUUUGUUGAUCACUACAAGAAAUCAGACUUAUACCAGAGGAACAAAGCAUUGAUCAAGGAACUAAACGUCCCACGCCCUGGCACGAAAGAUUUAUACUUCCCCACACAAUACUCUCAAUCAUUCCUCACACAAUGCAUUGCUUGCCUGUGGAAACAACACUGGUCUUACUGGAGGAAUCCUCCUUACACGGCCGUGAGAUUCCUAUUCACGACGUUCAUUGCCCUCAUCUUCGGGACCAUGUUCUGGGACCUCGGCUCUAAAUGGAAGACGCAACAAGAUCUCUUGAACGCAAUGGGCUCAAUGUAUGCUUCCAUCAACUUCUUGGGAUUCCAAUAUGGUUCAACGGUCCAGCCCGUGGUGGCUAUUGAGAGAACCGUGUUUUACAGAGAGAGAGCAGCCGGAAUGUACUCGGCCUUACCCUAUGCAUUCUCACAAUUUCUGAUUGAGAUCCCUUACGUCUUGGUCCAAUCCGUCGUCUACGGCCUCAUCGUCUACUCAAUGAUGGGAUUCGACUGGACCGGCGAGAAAUUCUUCUGGUUCCUGUUCUUCUUCUUCUUCUCGCUGCUCUACUUCGUCCUCUACGGCAUGAUGACCGUCGCCGUCACUCCCAACCACAACGUCGCCGCCAUCAUCUCGUCCUUCUUCUACGGAAUCUGGAAUCUCUUCUCAGGAUUCGUCAUCCCUCGUCCGAGGAUGCCAAUAUGGGUGAGAUGGUACUACUGGGCAACGCCAAUGGCGUACACAUUGUACGGCAUGAUUGUGACACAGUUCGGAGAGAUUGAGGAUUUCAUGUCCGACCAGCCGGACACGACGGUGAAACAGUUCUUGAAAGACUACUUCGGUUUCGAGAGGAGCCAGCUGGGAUUGGUGGCAGGGGUGCUUCUCGGAUUCGUAGCUCUUUUCACUUUCAUCUUCGCCUUCUCCAUCCGGACCUUCAACUUCCAGAGAAGAUGAUGAAGACCAUUUCUCAUCCAUUUAUUUUCAUUUUUGCCAAAUUGUAUUAGUGUGUACUAUAUCAGAUGAUGAAAACCAUUUCUGAUCAAGGCCGUAGCCAUUUUAUUUUUUUAGUUUUGUAUAUCAGAGUUUUGCUUUAUCGAAUCAAUAUCUACUCCUAUAAUUUUUGUUCA